GAAUAGCCAUAAGAGCAGCAUUCACUUGGGAAAGAAAAUGUAUAAAUGUAGGGCCUGUGGGAAAAGCUUCAGGAAAAAGCAGGAGCUCUCGGCACAUGCAAGAGUCCAUGGAGUCGAGAAACCCUUCCCCUGUGCUGAGUGUGAGAGAAGCUUCAGUCGGCUUUCCCAUCUCACUGUGCACCAGAGAACCCACACGGGGGAAAGGCCCUUCUCCUGCCCUGAGUGUGGGAAACACUUCAGCCACCUCUCGAACCUCACUAGACACCAGAGAACCCACACAGGGGAGAGGCCCUACAGCUGCCCUGAGUGUGAGAGGCGCUUCAGUAACCUGAGCAGUCUCACCACCCACCUGAGGACCCACACAGGGGAAAGGCCCUUCACCUGCCCCCAGUGCGAGAAGAGCUUUGGUGACCAGUCUAAUCUCACCACCCACUUGAGGACCCACACUGGGGAGAGGCCCUAUGUGUGCCCUGACUGCCAGAAGAGCUUCAGCGACCAAUCGACUUUCGCCAAGCACCAGAGAACCCACACGGGGGAGAGACCCUACCCCUGCCCCCACUGCGAGAAGAGCUUCAUCCAUAGAUCCCACCUCACUACGCACCAGCGGACCCACACAGGGGAGAGACCUUACAAAUGUCCUGACUGUGAGAAGCGCUUCAGUCAGCUCUCCAACGUCACCACCCACCUGAGGACCCAUUCAGGGGAGAGGCCCUACGUCUGCGCCGACUGUGGGAAGAGCUUCGGCGACCAGUCAAGUCUGAGGAAGCACCACCGGACCCACACGGGCGAGAGACCCUAUCCCUGUCCCCACUGCGGGAAACGCUUCAGCCAGCUCUCCAAUCUCAACACCCACUGCAGAACCCACACCGGCGAGAGGCCGUACAUCUGUCCGCACUGUGGCAAGAGCUUCAGCGAGCAGUCAAACCUGGCCAAGCACCUGAGAACCCACCCGGGGGAGAGGCCCUCCCCUUGGCCCCACAGCGAGAAGAGCCUCAUGCACAUCUCACACCUCUCUGCGCACCAGAGAAACCACACGGGGGAGGGGGCCUACAAAUGUACCGACUGCGACAAGAUCUUCAGCGAGCACUCGGACCUGGUGGAGCACCUGAAAGCCCACCCGAGGGAGAGACCCCACAUCAACAAGAGCUUCAUCCAAAAAUCAUCUCUGGUGAAACUUCAGAGGCUUCCUCAGAGAUUGAAACCAUAG